GAAUUUGAAUCCUGUAUGAAGGGGGAGAGGGAAAAGAAAAAGCCAGGGGAAUGUCUGAGGGAGUCUGAGGCAACCGGUGGGCAGGAGAGAGACUGUGGACGAAAGACUACAGGAAACACUGGUUUAAGACAUUUCCCUCAGUUGCUAAAAAUAGACUCGGACAAGUUAUUCAGCGGCCGUAAAGUUUGGUGCGCCUUUUCUGCGCGUUUUUGGGGACAUUGGUAAAGUUUGGUGGUAUUGGGAUCAACCGAAACAACCGCGUUAAAGGAGCAAAGCAACAAGACUUUUAAGCAGAGCGGAGAUUAUUUAUUUUUUACACUCUGUCUAGUCUAAAAAGGGAAGAGAAACUAAGGGUUCCGGUUUACUUAAGUCUCAUCUGUGGAUAAUCACGCUUUCAUCUGCCGGAAUCAGAAAUACUUUCUCACCGCACAACUUCGGAUCUUUGGAGCUGUUGCGAUGCGGUGAUGGAGUCCGGUGGUGUUCCCAAGAUGACUGCUCUUCUUAUGAAGCACAUUUUCAGAGGUGAUCUGCUUUCAAGAAAAACCAUGAUCGGGUCUAAAUGGUCGGUUUUUAUCGUCACCGUCUUUUUUUCCGCUUGGAGGCCAGUAACCGGCGGCAUACUGACAGAUUUGGAGUUUGAGCGGAGUCCCAGUACUAUCAUCUCUUCUCUGGGCAAACCUGUUACGAUGCAUUGCACCCUGAAGGGUACGGGGGGCGAGGAAGAAGACCCCCCUGAUGUGCUCUGGCUCAGAGACAGUGUUCCACUUCAGUACGCAGACACCAACCAGUUCCAAGUCCACACUGGCAGCAACAGUUGGACAAUCAUGAGCACGCUCAGUAUUGAAAAGGUCCAGCUUCCCGACAUGGGCUCCUAUCAAUGUGCUGUUCUGUCAGAAAGCCACCAGACUAUGUCUGAGGAGGGGAGCAUUCAGCUGGAGGGCCUUCCUCAUUUCUCUGUGGAGCCCCAGCACAUGUCUGUAGUAGCCAACGUAUCCCUGAGCCUGAGCUGUGUGGCCCACGGACCUCCAGAGCCAGUCAGGGUCAUCUGGCUGCAGGACGGUGCUCAGCUCAACUCCCUCACAGACCCGGUGGCUCUGUCACCCUCCACACUCAACCUCACAGGUUUGAACAGGACCAGCACUUUUUCUUGCGAGGCACAUAACCGCAAAGGCGUGGCCACCUCAGGAUCUGGUACCAUCACUGUUCUCCCAUCCCAGCCCCAGAAUCUGAGAGGGCUAGAGACCACUCCGACCAGUCUCCGUAUAUCAUGGCAGCCUGGUUUUGGAGGCGACUACCCAAUAAUGCGUUGCUCUGUUCAGGCAAAACAUUCAGGAGAGUCCUUCAUAAAAGGCCCAGAUAAGCUGAUCCACAACCAGAAUAUGAACAUCCCACCAGCCUCGCACCUCAUCGGGGACCUGGAGCCCCACAGCCUCUAUGCUGUCAGGGUGGCCUGUCACAGCAGCCAGGGCCCUUCUGACUGGUCUCCCUGGGUGGAGCUACGCACCAAAGAAGGAGUGCCAGAAAACCCACCUGUGAAUGUGAGCGCGGUGCUAAACGGGACUGAGGUGCUGGUGACGUGGGAGGGACCUCCAGGGAAGCUGAAUGGAGAACUACAAGGCUACAUGGUGGAGUACAACUCACCUGCCGCACAGCAGUAUGUUGUGGACACUGGAUUGGACACCGAGCUCUCAAUCAAUCUCUCUGUCCCCUUGUCCAAUGUGUCUUUUCGAGUGUGUGCCUAUACAGGGGCGGGGCUAGGACCCUGGACCCCCACUCAGACCCUGACACUUAUUUCUCCUGGGCCGUCAUCGCCCCCGGCCUUUUCCUGGCACUGGUGGUAUGUGGUGAUGGCCAUUGCCGGCACCGUGUCCAUAGCUGUGCUCAUGGCUGUUUAUGUGGCCAAGCGGCGGCGUAAGGAGACACGCUUUGGAGAGGCGUUUGAACCCAUGAUGGAGAGCGGAGAGCUGGUGGUCAGGUAUCGCGCUCGCCGCACCUACAGCCGCAGGACCACAGAAGCAACAUUGAACAGCCUGGGCAUCAGCGACGAGCUGAAGCAGAAGCUCCAAGACGUGAUGGUGGACAGACAUAAACUAACCCUGGGAAAGACCCUGGGAGAAGGGGAGUUUGGCUCUGUCAUGGAAGGGCUGCUGACUCAGGAGGAGUCUGCUCUCAAAGUUGCUGUCAAGACUAUGAAGAUUGCCAUCUGUACCCGCUCAGAGAUGGAGGACUUUCUCCGUGAGGCUGCCUGCAUGAAGGAGUUUGACCACCGCAAUGUCAUGAGGCUUCUAGGUGUGUGUCUGCAGACUGUUGAGAGUGAAGGUUACCCCUCCCCGGUGGUCAUUCUGCCCUAUAUGAAACACGGAGACCUGCACAGCUAUCUGCUAUACUCAAGGCUGGGAGACUCUCCUGUGUACCUCCCGUCUCAAAUGCUGGUAAAGUUUAUGACUGAUAUUGCCCGAGGGAUGGAAUACCUCAGCAACAAGAACUUCAUCCACAGAGACCUUGCCGCUCGCAACUGCAUGCUGAAUGAGAACAUGAACGUAUGUGUGGCUGAUUUUGGCCUCUCUAAGAAGAUCUACAACGGAGACUACUACAGGCAGGGGAGAAUCUCAAAGAUGCCCGUCAAAUGGAUCGCUAUCGAGAGCUUGGCUGAUCGCGUCUACACCACCAAAAGUGACGUGUGGUCGUUUGGAGUCACAAUGUGGGAGAUCGCCACGCGGGGCCAGACUCCGUACCCUGGGGUUGAAAACAGUGAGAUUUAUGAUUACUUGAGACAGGGAAACCGUCUCAAACAGCCUCCAGACUGUCUGGACAGCAUCUACGCCCUGAUGUUCUCCUGCUGGCUGCUGAGCCCCAAGGAUCGCCCAUCAUUUGAGUCCCUGCGCUGCGAGCUGGAAAAAGCCCUUGAGGAUCUGCCGGACACCCAGGACCCAGACGAGAUCUUGUACGUCAACAUGGACGAGUCUUCCAUGGAGCUAGGGGCCGUUGGUGGGCGUGACCCCAUUGGGGGGCCGUCCCCUCUCUGCCUGAAGGCCCUGGACUCUGUGACCACAGUGGAGGUCCACCACCCCAACCGCUACGUCCUCUGUCCACAACACGAGACCAACCGAGCCCUCUCGGACUCCCUGGAGAGCCUGGACAUGCCGGUGUCGUCUUCCACAGCCACGCUGCCUCUACAACCAUCCUGCCACUCCACUCCCAACCCUACACCCGCUCCCACCCCAACUGUUGAGCUGCUGGAGGACAGGGAAGGGUCCAGAAAAAUGCUCUGGCAGUGAUGGCUUCCCUUUGUUUUUUUUUGUUUUUUUAAAGUGAAAGAGACUUUUCACUGCCAAAGUGUGCCAUCUUUUAUCCCCAGUCUUAGAACAAGAUCCAGCCUCUUGCUACUGACUGCAUCAUAUCUACAUACAUAUUUUGCACAAAUUCAGACCCACACACAUACACACACACACACACACACACACACACAGAGCCGAAGGCAUUCAAAGGAAGUGAAGGAUUGGGAUUCUUUUCCUUUGUCAACCCUGUUGGAAAGGUCACCAACGACAGACAGUGGGUGAAGAGGUUUAGAGCACGUUGCCCUCAUACACUGCAGCACAAUCAGAGAAUCUCAUUCCCAGUCCAUAUAGCAAUAAAAUACCCUAUCUGCACAACUACCUGUAUACAACAGAUCGAUCCCCUUCAUGCGACUAAGCUAAACAAUCUCAGUGAAACCAGCUUAGACACUGCCAGGCUGAAUCUACAACCAAACAAACUCAGGAGCUUGAACUUGCGAGUAAAGGGCUAACAUGGAGGACUCGCACCAGCUGAGACAGGGCUCCUCUGACAGAGAAAACCUCACCCAUCUGAAAUCCCAUGUGCAGAAACAACCCGAUAAAGAAAAAAAAAAUCAGCAGCAGUGCCUCUUUAACUGAAGGUACCAUCUGAUGAUGACUAGCUGUUUUAUGGUUAUACCGACACAGUUUAUGAAGGACAAUAGGACGAGUUAAAACUAUUAUCGCCAACAAGGAUGGGCUUUUUCAUUUCUUUCUCUUUUUUUAUUUUUUUUAGCUUUGAGCAGUGGUUUUGAUAAAUGUUGAUCUUGACAAAUGUCUUUUAUAAUGAUAGAAUGUUCUUUCCCCACAGAAACCCUUCAACUAAAGUCCACCUUACCUGAAAGUUAGAAGACUUUUAUAUACAGCAACGAAAUAUGAAUGACAUUUGAAUUCAACAAAAGAUUUAAAACAGACCAAAAUUUGCAGAGAAAAUGAAAUUACACUGCAGGCUUUAGAUCAUUUCAUAUGAAGUCGUUUUAAAUGAAGAAACUCCAUCUUAUUGAUCCGUUGUAUGAUAGCCUAAUGUAGCGCUCUAACAUCCCUGCAUCCUCUCAAGUGGUCGCACUGCCAGUUGUGCAUUAAGCACCAUGAGCCAUUUACAGUUCAAACAAGGCAUCUCUUUCCUCACUAACAGGUGAGACGCCUGUGAGAGUCCUGAACUAGUCUAUACAUUGUUGUCAUAACUCAGGAAACUAGAGACUUUGCUCAACAGUGACAUAGGUACUGGUCAAAUCAAGAGGGUACAAAUAAUCAGAGGCAGGUGGAUGGACUGAGGGUAGGUACGGACAUGAUGGAGUUACCCGAGGCAAAUAAGCUCCUCACCUUUGCUUUUGGCUCAAGCACAGUGUUAUUACACAUUUUGUAAAAAAAAAAAAAAAAAUGCUGAUUUUUUUUUUUCAACAACUUUGCACUAAUGUUUUUUUUUUAUAUCCUUGUAUGUUUGUUUAUAAUUUGUAUAUCUUUUACGUCUUAUACAUUUUGUGUUUUAAUUUACUUUCUGGACAGAAUCUGUCCACAUGUAACAACUUGCAUAUUCAUAAAGGCGGAGAACAUAGCCUGUGAAAUCAUUGCAGGGCAUCCGAAUCCAGUCGACUAGAGUGUUUUUUUCCAUAAAUGAGCAAAGAGACCGAGAGACUGGGAAGCACAACUAACCUCGUCAUCUGACGUCAUCCUGCCACACUCUCAUUCUGGGAUGUUUUAGUUACUUGAGGUUUAGCACU